CCAUGCGGUGACAACUCCAUGCUUAACUCUCGGUGCCUUACUCGAUCAACUGCAGGCAGUUUGUGAAUGUCAAUAUAAAUGCCACAGAUAUUAUAAAUACAUAACCUACAAAUUUUACUUAAUUUACUGUUUAUUCAUGAAUAGAAAAAAAUGUUGCCUAGUAAAGUUUUCAGCCAAAUCAAAUAUUGUGCAAAUGGUCUUAACUACAGGAAAAACAGUGUUAUAGCUUCUGUUUUGGAGAAAGCUAAUGUCGGUGAUUCCACCGAAGUAAAGGGCUGGGUGAAGAACUUGCGUGUUCAAAAAGAGUUUAUAUUCGCAGAUGUUAGCGAUGGAUCUUGUGCCCAAAGAUUGCAGAUAUUAAUACCUAAAAGCUUGAAAACAGACUCCUUGUCUUUUGGCAGCUCCGUGCACAUUACUGGAAAGUUAUCAAAAAGUCCUAGGGGCCAGGUAGAGUUAGUUGCUGAAAAUGUGAAAGUGCUGGGUGACUGUGUAGUCUCAGAUGGAUAUCCAUUCAAUCCUAGAACUAGUCACCCACCAGAAUAUAUCCGGCAGUUCAUACAUUUACGUUCCAGAACAAACUAUAUCUCUUCAAUACUCAGAGUACGAAAUUCUGUUUCAAAAUACAUACAUGACUUUUACUCAUCCCAAAAAUAUUUGAAUAUUCACACACCAAUUUUAACGUCGAAUGACUGUGAAGGGGCUGGUGAGGUGUUUAAAAUACAGCCUGAUUCAGAAGAGACUGUCAAAGCUAUGAUGCAAGAGGGGAGAGAUAAAGACACAGUGUAUUUUGGCUCGAAAACAUAUUUAACAGUAUCAGGACAGUUACAUUUAGAAGCUAUUUGUAGAGGAAUGGGCAAUGUUUAUACACUGGGACCCACAUUCCGUGCCGAAAACAACAGAUCACGGUUGCAUUUAUCGGAGUUCUACAUGCUGGAGGCUGAAUUAGCAUUCUGUGAUAACUUAGAGUUGCUACAAGAUCACAUUGAAGAUUUACUGAAAUAUGUUUACAGAGAAACGAGAAAUACAAACGAAGCAGAUCUAUGCUUGAUUGAUAAAGAAAAUAGUAAUACACCUGAUUGGUUGAAUAAGAGCUUUAUAACACUGUCAUAUGAUGAAGCAAAGAUCAUUUUGGAGAAGAAGAAAAUAGCGUCGACCGAAGAAGGUUUGAAUAAAGAGCAAGAAUUGGCCCUCGUGGAGUAUUGUGGCGGAGUACCGGUGUUUGUUGUGAAAUGGCCGAAAGAUCUAAAAAGUUUCUAUAUGAAGGAAUGCCCAGAAGACAGCAGUAAGGUGGAUGCGUUAGACCUUCUAGCUCCAAUCACUGGUGAAAUAGUCGGCGGCAGUCUCAGGGAAGACAACUACGACAAACUGAAGAGCAAACUACCUUCAGAUAAACUACAUUGGUACUUGGAGCUGAGAAAGUUCGGGAACAUUCCCACUGGAGGCUACGGGCUUGGUCUCGAGCGAUUGUUACAGACUAUGUGCAGAGUGACCAAUAUAAAGGACACAUUGCCGUUUCCAAGAUGGCCGCAUAAUUGUAGCAUGUAGAAAGACUAUAGAUAUUAUUGUUAUUGAUAUGUUAUUACCUAAUUUAUUUGAGAGUUUAAAUUAUAAGAUUAUUUAAACAUGUCAUAAUUUUCACCAGCAACUACAUGAAAGUCUUAAUUUUCACCAGCAACUACUAAGGGAUAGGCUUAUAAAUUUGGGAUUUCUCUUAAGGCGAUAGGCCAGCAACCUGUCAAUAUUUGAAUCUGUUUUUUGUCAUCAUUAAGCCAAUUUCCAUCAAUAAGAUAAACGGCUGAAUGUGGCCUUUUAUUCUUUGAAAGAGUCAAAGCUCUCAAUCUACCCUGUAAGUGAUAUAGACGUGAUUAUAGGUUUGUACUUAUUUGUUAAGGGUUCCGUAGCCCCAAGUGACAAUUCUGGAACAGUACUGGUUGCGUCAUGUCGUAUUUAUUUUAUUCGGAUGUGUGUUUAUGCUAUGUCACAAUUCAAAUGAAGGAGCGAGCUUUUUUUAAGGAAAAUUUGCCUAGCGAUGUAACGCAACGCAUAUGUUACAUAACAUAUAAUCAUGUCUAUAUCCCUUGCGGGGUAGUUGAACUAGACAAAGCCUUAAAAUCAGAAUAUGGUAUACAAUUCAAUAGAAUAUAUAGUGCUUUAAUAACUCAGAUAGGCUCUUAGAAUAAAACAAAAUAAAUUAUGGUUGAUGCCAUAAUUAAAAUACCUAAAGGAAAGGGAGUUAUGAAUAAAAUAAAUUGAAUCAUCA